AGAGCCGGAAGCAGGAAGCAGCCCAGGACCUAGGACCUGCCUGGCUAGGGGCAGUUGGAGGCUUUAGGAGGGCAGGCGGCACUGUGGACGCCAAGAUGUCUGUGUCCACGGAGGAGGUGGAGGCCACAGUUCAGGAAGUCCUGGGGAGACUAAAGAGCCACCAGCUGUUCCAGUCCACAUGGGACACCGCUUCCUUCAUUGUCUUCCUCACUUUCGUGGGCACUGUGCUGCUCCUGCUGCUGCUGGUCAUUGCCCACUGCUGCUGCUGCAGCUGCUGCGGCUCCCCCAGGCCCCACAGGGAAAGCCCCAGGAAGGUGAGCCCCUGGAAGGAAAGACCUAAGGGAGUAGAUAACUUGGCCCUGGAACCCUGACCCUGUGUGUCCUGCCCAUUGGCAGUAACAAAGCCUUCUGUCUGCCCAAA